UCUAAAUUAUAGCCUCUGGGAAUUCACACAGACAAAGGAGCAAUACUGUUACAUUUGGGUCAGAUCAGGUCACAGGCAGUGAGAAGACUACCUGUCCUGUCUUGUUUAGCUCUGCUACUGAUUGAUCUAAGACAGAACUAAAACAUUAUCAAAUUUGGUGGUUUGUAACUAACUGUGACUGUGAUUUCAACUCAGUUUGACUGUCGGGUCAUUUUGACCCAAAGACAAUAUUUGUACCUUUUUUGUACAUCUUACAUGGAAAUAUUAAUAAAGGUAACAAUUCACUUUUUCUAAUGUUGGGGUCAAUCUAGGAAAAGUCAUCAAAUUUCAAGUUGAAAAAAUAUUGUAUUCUGCUAAUGCAUUUUAACGGAUUUGCCUCGCUGCCAUGAUGUGAGCAUGAGCGCCCGCAGAGGGCGGUACAAAGGGGCGGUGCUUUUUUAAACACAGUCAAUGACGGGCCGCGGGAAGAACAUUAAGGCAAUCCCAACAAAACGCUUCAGCGCAUGAGGUGCAGCUGCAGCGAGAAGACGCCACCUCUCCAUCCUCCCAUCCAAACCUAUCUGCCGGCGCCGACCGGUCACUGCUGCCUUAUGAACCGUACAAGACUCCACGCAGCCGGGAAGAUGUUGGUGCGAUGCUACCGGGCCAAGCUGUCCGUGUGUGCCGCUCUGUGCGUCCUGGUUCUCUGCUGGUUCUACAUUUUCCCUGUGUACAGGCUUCCCAGCGAGAAGGAGAUGGUGGACGAGGUGCUGAGGCAGGGGGAUGUGUGGCAGAAGAACCAGACGGGUAUCGAUCUGUACAGGAAGUUGCUGACGGACUGCUGCAAUCCCCAGGGAAUGUUUGCUGUAACCAAGAAGAACUCACCAAUGGGCAAGGUCCUGUGGUACGACGGCGAGUUUUACCACUCGCACACCGUCAACAACGAGACCUUCCCGCUCUUUGUGGAGGACAACCCUCUGCCGUUGCCCCUGAAGAAGUGUGCAGUGAUUGGCAACAGCGGCAUCCUCAGACACAGCAAAUGCGGACAGCACAUCGACCAGGCCGACUUCAUUAUGCGGAGUAACCUUCCACCGCUCACAAAGGAAUACGUGGAGGACGUGGGACACAGGACGCACCUGGUCACAGCCAAUCCCAGCAUCAUAGAGAGAAGAUUCCAGAACCUUCUGUGGUCCAGGAAGGUGUUUGUGGAGAACAUGAAGGUGUACAGCUCCAGCUACAUCUACAUGCCUGCGUUCUCAAUGAAGCCCUGCACCGACCCGUCUCUGCGAGCCUACUACGCCCUGGCAGACACCUCCUCCAACCUCACUAUGCUGUUUGCCAACCCAGAAUUCCUGCACUCGCUGAGCAAAUUCUGGAAAGCGCGCAACAUCCACGCCAAACGCCUCUCCACGGGGCUCUACCUGGUCAGCCUGGCUCUGGGGCUGUGCGAGGAGGUGACGGCCUACGGCUUCUGGCCGUUCUCCAUCGGCCUGGACGAGCGGCCGGUCAGCCACCACUACUACGACAACAUCCUGCCCUACAGCUAUUACCAUACCAUGCCUGAGGAGUUUCUGCAGCUCUGGCAAUUGCACAAAAGCGGCACGCUGCGCAUGAGAAUAGGACGCUGCCCGCCGUAGGGAGGGAGGAGGUGAGAGCACCGCGUGGAGCUGAAACGCAGCGGUCAGUGGAGGUUUGGUGGAUUACAAGAAGCAGAUGAAGUUGUGCUUGGUUAUUGAAUUGGCAGAAGGCUGGUCUGCGUCCACAAACACACACACACACACACAAACACACACACUGCUGUUGCUGCUGCGUAAUUGUAUUGCUUAAUCCAUUUUCCCGCAAAAAAUUAUAGACCAGCAGCAACGGAGACCUUGAAACAUUCCUAAAACCUGUCGUACCUCCGCCCCCUUGUUUCUGUAGUAAAAUAUGUGCGUGUGCAUGGACACGUGUGUCUGUGUGUGUGCAUGGACACGUGUGUCUGUGUGUGUGCAUGGAUGUGUGGGUGUUUUUUAGUGAAAAGCCCUCAGCUGAGGCUGGAAAGAAAAGUGAAAAUGUGCACAGUGGGGAAGGGUUGGGGGAUGGGUUUUUUUUUUUUUUGUGCUGACUACUGUAUCUGACCACGAUAUGUGGCAGCUGGACCAAACCCCCCCCUGGGUCUUUGUUAAGCAGAGGCAGAAGGAGCAGCAGAGCAUGGGGGGAUAAUGAAAUGCACUGAAAGACUGACAAGAUGUGACAAACAACAGAGGAGAUGAUGGCGUCCUGGUUCUUAGAAACUUGCAUAGAAGUGAAAUUUAAUGGGAGGAGGGGGGGAGGGAGAGAGUAGGGAGGGGUUAGGGGGAGAGAGUGUGUGUGAAUAAAAGGAUUUUCCUCUGCUUUUCUUCAGCCCAGCACUUGAUUGGCAUUUUCCAAUGCCAAUCUAAUGCUCAGCCAAACAGAGCUUUACUUCAAAGCAGGAGCCAUUAGGAAUGAAAAGAAAAUACUACAGUAUAUUCCCACAAAUGCGUAGCCAAGUUGCAUAUUAUUCCUUUAAUGCAAAGGGAGGAUGUUUACACACUGGUGUGCUUGCAUUUAUUGUUGUCUAAAUGUGAAUUAAAAAAAAAAAAAAUUAGAAAUAGCGCUGGAAAAAGCAUGUAAAUGAAAAGUAUUUUUACCGUUUCAACAGCUUCACUGACACAAGCCAAGCUGCUGAGAUACUUCUUUAGAGGGGCAGCUGUAAGUCACCCCUGGGUAACUGUACUGUUCUUGCCAAGUGCCCAGUCAGGAAAACAGUGGUCUCUUUGAUCCAUGUUCUCGCCGUGUCCUUGUGCUUCUCAAAUGGCCAGACGCUGAUAUAAAGAGCGAGGCAGUGGCAUUAAAGCAGAGUGGGCGUCUCAGAAAAAGGCAUUUUAAUGGCUGCCUAAUUUUCCUAAUGAGUUUGUUUGUUUUGAUUUAAAUGUAAAACACUUUAUUGACAGAAUUGUGAUUUGUUUUUUGUUUUUUCACUUUUUUUUUAUUUUGUGAUUGCAUUUCGUGCUGUUCUUUCCAGUCAUGCACAACGCCAACAUGACAAAUGUACAAAAGUUCUUACCGGCCUUGCAAAUGUAAAUAAUUGUACUGUGCAAAAGUCUCUGGCCACAAUGUUGUUUUGGACUCAAACACUGAACGUUCAGUCUUUUUUAACGGUGUAGUACACCUGAAUUUCCUAAAAUAAUGAACCGUACUUGGUGCUGUGUUUAUCGGCAGGGACACUGCCUUCUGUCUUUUCUCCUGUCCCUUUCCUUAGCAAGUUAUCAACUAUUUAACUUCUGCCAAUAUCUGUGUUGCCAAACAAUAUAUCAGAAAUGAGACCUCACUUCAGUGUUUGGACUCAACACUGUCCCCUAUUUUGAAACAAAGGUAAAACACAGGCAGCGUUGAAAGGAAGUUCCUAGAGCUUGUUUUUGACAGAUUAUCAGUGUGGAACUUUUUCCUAUUAUGUGAUUAGUCAUGGUAUGAAGUGGGCGUGUUUAACUCUCGAUGUAUGGAAAGUGUAGUUUGCUACGUCGCAAAAGCUUCACAACCCUCCAACCCCCAAAGCACUUAAGUGGCUCCCACUGACUGGCAUGUCAGUAACGAGGGGCGUUCAGGUACCAUAGGAAAUCUGAGACAGUAAAGAAUACUCAUGACAAAUAAAAAUGAUAUCGGUGUACUUGCAUUAUAAUUAUAUAUUAUUAUUACAGGCUUAGGUGGGCUUGGCAGUGACAGUUAGCAUAUUGUUUUUAUCCUUUUAGCAAAAGUUUUUUGUUUACAAUUCCAGCCUGUUACAUGCUUUGCUUUUUAUGUUUUAUUUAUUUUGCUCAUUUGAUUGGACGAUGUGUAGAGUGACAUCACUCAGCCCCUUCCGUAGACAUAGUGGUUUUGCUGUUGCAGUUUUUACGCUGGACACCUUUGGUGACACAAACCCCCUAUUUAUUCAAGACUUAACUGGGGAAAGAAAGGCAUUUUGGAGUUGCAACUGCACGUAGCUGGAUUUACUGUCUGGUCUUAUUACAGUGUUGCUGAAACAACAGAACCGGAGGUUUUUGCACACUACUGCACUUUUUUUUUUAAAGUAUAUUUUCUUGAGAAAAACUUGUAAAACAGUGACUAAUGUGAAGGUGCCAUAUUGUCUGUGCCGCAUGGAAAAGUGCAUGGAUUGUACGAUGUUCCUCCUCAGACUGAAGGUGCAGAAAUAUGUGUGUAAAUCUUAUACCUGUGUAAACGUUCUCUGUCGGUUACACUCAACACAGUACUGUGCCUUCAAGAUGAUUUAAGGCAAAAUGAAGAAUCAUCAAACAUCAGAAGUCUCCAAGGAUUUUGAUGGCGACGCGGUUGUUUUUUCCGGCAAAUGCACGGCUACAUGGCCCGACAAUGAGUGACAUUCAUUGCCCAGUACCACGUGUUAUAUUACUUUCCGAUUUCUCCAGCCCAGACGGACAUUCGGCUCCAUUUGAGACUGGGACCAUGUUUGUGUUAGCUUUUCUUUUGCACCUUUGAUAGUGACAUUUUUGGGGUUUUUUUGUGUUCUCGUGAUGUGUUAGAUACAUGUGUCCUCACUUGCUUUAAGGCAGAAAGGGAGGUUAUAAAAUGUAACAGUGUUUCUCUUAGAGCACAAGAGGAUGUGGCAAGAGGCAAGAAUACGAGUUUUGUUGCAGUCUGAGCAGCACACGUCAGAUCCAGGCCAUUCAUCCAAAUCAAAUACAUAUCUCCAUUCAUCCGUCGUCAUCCUCAUAUGUGGGGCUGGGUCACGGGGGCAACAGUCUGAGCAGGGACACCCAGAGUCCCCUCUCCCCAGACACUUCCUUCAGCUCUUCUGGGGGGGGGGUGGAUCCUGCGACAUAGUCACUGCAGCAUGUCCUGGGUCUUUCUCUGGGUCUCCUCCCAGUGGGACAUGACCCGAGGGAGGCGUCCGGCGGGCAUGCAAUGUAAAUGCCCAAGCCACCUCAGCUGACUCAGUUCUACUCCGAGCUUCUCCCGGGUGACAGAGCUCCUCACCCUAUCUCUAAGGGAGCGCCCUGCCACCCUGUGGAGAGAGAUCAUUUCUGGGAUCUUGUUCUUUCGGUCCUGACCCAUAGGAAAGUGGAAAGUGAACGACAGUGUCACAAAAUGUGACCGCUGUAUUUGACCCAUCACCAAAUUCAGCAGGGGGCAGUGUGUGGGGAUGAUGCCAUGCUCAGUGCACCUCAGUGGUAACUGUGCAGCUGGUGGACUCGAACCUGAAACCUAAACCAACAAGCCACCACUGCCCUUAAGCUGUAUAUGUGAUAUGAUAGGCGAGGAAUACAGAUCUGAUUUUUUCCCAAAAGAUCCUGAAUGUGACAUGAAGUCUAAUUUUUCUGUCUAAUUACAAAACACACACAAAUUGACCCUAAUUGAUCGUAAAGGCCCUCGGCGUGAACGUAGUCCGACAUCUGUCUCUACCUCAUUAAAGAGACACUACAGCUGAUGCUAAAGGGAAACAUCGGGGACUUUGUCACUGUGAUCCAACCUGAAAGGCUUCCUUCACACAUCAAGUGCCGCUCGUACACAUAGACCACCGAUUCUCCACCAGUGACAAAACUACUACAUGUUCGUGCCAAGACAGCGCUGCAGCAAUAACAACUACGUCAGCAGCUCGUCUGUUGUCGGUCACAUGUUUGAUCCCUGCAACCACAUGCUACAGUCAUCUGCACUGUCCUUGGGUCACGGCUCCUCUGUGAUCGCAGUGUGAAACCUUUUAGUGUGUCACAAUUACACAACUGAGUUCUGGACACGGUUAUUGUCGCACAACAACAACGUCUUCUACUGUUCAACCACGUGCUACACAUGCUGACUACGGGGGUCAAACCUGGACAGACGGGAGACUGAGAUGCAGAGACAGAUUCUCUGGUUGUUUCUGUCAGAUCAUCAUCAUCGUUGUAUAUUUGCGGUGGUUUUUAUGGUAUGAACAAUUAACUCCUGUGGGCCAGAUGUGGUUCAGAGGUUGACUGCAAUGUUCCCAGAUGUAGUUAAAAUGAGAAUGGGCCGAAUGUGAGGCAUUUAGACCGCAUCCAGAUGACAGUGCGACAUUUUUCAAAAAGUGUCACAUUUAUCAUUUCUCAACAUGGGCCAUUUUGGGAUUUUCUAUGGGCAAUAACAGAUCCAGUUCCCUUGUUUGAAUGCCUGAUGUGGCCCACAUUGACCACAUUGUCCCGUGUGGGACACAUAUCACCUUUGAUUAUGUAUUGCUCUUUAGUCACACAGGAACAUAUUCAGGGCCUGUGUGGAACAUGUGGACAAAUCCUCAUUUUCAGUCCAAACACAUGAGCUCCACCUGCUGUACCAGUAGCUGGGCUUGGACAUGAGAGUAAAAAAAAAGUCAGAUUUUGUUUAUGGCCAGUUUUGGUGGAUGUGUUAUUGUGUCUUCAGCUGUAUGUUCAAGGAGAAAAAUAAAAUUCACAAAAAGUGAAAAGUCAAAACUUUUUUUUUUUUAUUGAAAGUAAGUUUUCUGACUGCCUGGACUUCUGAUGUUAAAAUGGAACUGUCCUGUUUGUUUUGACCUAUUCAUUUUAAUAUUCUUAGAACCCUUGAUAUUAAGAUUUAGUGUACUGUAUUUAAAGGGAAACAUCAGAUUAUAAUUUGAAAAAUAUGUCAAAUUAGACAAAUGAUUGUUGACAUAUUUAAAUUAUAUAUUCUAUGUAUUACUGUACAUCUAAAACCCAGCUCGUGUGUUAUGUGGGACAUACGUUGUUUUACUUGGCCCACAUUGAUACAUUAACCACGAACAUGUAUACUAUGUAGAUACCAUUGCUGCAAAGUGAAGGUGUAGUACCACACCAUCUGAAUGAAACAGAAGUUUGACAAAGGAAAUGAAAAAAGAGAAACAGUUUGACAGUUUUGUGGUGCAGCUGUCCUUCUCCUCACAAUGUUACACAGGAAAUCAGGGGGUUUUAUAUACUGCAUGCCUGUGUUCAGCAUCUUUGCAUACUUCCUGUUCUUUCCAUUUUGGUAUGCAAAACUGCAGUUUAUUCUGUGGUCAUGAAUGUAUUUGGAUUCAGGGAGUGGCUUCUGUGAACGCCUGUGUUUACCGUCGCUGUGCCAGCCAGGCCUGUUUCAAGGACCUUGAUUAAAAAAGAAGAAAAAACAAACAUGUCAGCAGUAGCUGUGGCUCAGUGGAAUAAACACAGGCUUCACCUAUAUUAUAAUCAAGGGCUACAUUUUCUGACUGCUGCGGCUGACAGCUCCCGGGGAUAAUGACACAUUAGGGUAUUCAUAAGGGUUGGAGUAAAUAGAGUGUCAGUGUUGUCCGAGGUUUAAUGAUUUCAGUGGUAGGGACCAUUUUCUAUCUCCACAUCUAAUCAUCUUUUUUUUUCCCCUGUUUGAGUUGACUGUGCUGUGACGGUCCAGCAGUUUCACUUCUGAGUCAGUGUCUGUAGUCUAUUUCUGUCACCAAACCAACCCACACACAGACCAUAUGUAGAUGAACAUGCAGCUUCACUGUGUUUCUGUGGUUUUAUUCUUCAUACUCACACAUUUUAAAAUAAGAGACAAACGUUUGUCCUGGGGUUGACCGGACUCUAAACAUGGUUUUCAUUCAGUUAAGACAUUAAGAAGUGCUGGGCUAACAUGCUGUCUGGAAACGUAUUGUUUACCUCAUGCUAUCUUUGGUUGUUUUUGCUGUUGCUCUAUCUGCAUUGUAUAUCAAUACUAUUAAUGUUUAUUUAUAUUUUUUAAUAUAUUCAAAAUAUGAUUUAAGAUUAAGAUUGAUUAAUUCCCUUGCAGUUUAAAAAAACAUUCCUGCAAGCACUGGGUCUAACUUUCUGGCUAACUUUUAGGUAAAACAAAGAGCUCUUUUGGGAUUGAACUCGCUAAGCUGGGCUUUUGAUUAAAUUUAAGCAUUUGUCUAUUUUGAAAAGCUAAUUGAUAUAUUUCUGGUUUAGCUUCAGGCUAUCCUUACAAACUUAAAAUAUGGCAGAUGUUAAGCUAUUGCUAGGCUAAGUUUAAAGUAUUUUCCUGAUGAAUAUUUGGCUUUAUUCCAGACUAGCACUCAGUCACACCACAUUGAUUCAUUUACUGUAAAUUAGCAUUUAGCGCUUUAUUUAUGUUGAACGUUUCUUUAAUGUGGUAGAGUUCUUUAAAGUAUUUCAUUGCUAAUUUUAAAAAUGUUUUUGCUGCUGUCAACUGAUGAGUGAUGCCAUAAAAACUAAUAUAAUAAUGUUAGCCUGUGGCUACAAAAAAAAUAAUUCUAUUGAAUAUUUGUUGUUCAGGUAUAUUAUAAUUACAUCAUUACUAAUUAAAAUCAUCAUUUAGACAAA